GUUGCUUUAAUGAGGUGACCUCCCUGUGUGUGUACUUCUCCCUGUGUUGGAGCUGCGGUGCGUGACGGGUCAGUCUAUUACUGUACUUCUAAAAGCACACUCCUGCUCAGAGGUUCCCUGUUGAGAAAAAAAUGAACCUGCCGUCCAGAGAGGAGUGCGAGGGGUGGGACCCGGCGCAAGUAGCCUUCUUCAUGUGCAAGAACAAAAUGCAAGAAUGUGCUACCACCGUAAACAGACUGAGAAUUAAUGGACAAAGACUUCUGGGGAGCAGUAUGCCUUCACUGCAAUCGGUCUGCCUGAAAAGCAGCAGAAAAGGAAGGCAAGGCAAGUUUGUACAGCACGUUUCAACAACAAGACAAUUCAAAGUGCUUUACACGAACCUGUCUGACAGUGACAUGAGCAAGUUUAGUCUCAUCCACCGACCGCAGCUUCAGAAGAUCGUUCAAGACAUCAAGAAAAAUGAUGGCAGUUUACUGAAUAAACUGAGAAGACUGAAAAGCAAACCACUUCCAAAAGUACCUGCAAGAGAUUAUAGAGAUGAUGGCAGGGACAGUGAUGACCAAAUGUCUGAACCUGAUUAUGAUAAUGACAUGUUUGAGGACCAGGAUGACAGCUACGAGCCUCCUCCCAGUCACAAAGUCUUCACCACAGCUCCUUCUGCUUCCUUCCAGAGGGGGGAGUAUCUUGACAACUGCCAUAACCGGCCCCACCGGCCACCCAGGAAGCCCCUCCGCCCAGGCAAAGCUUCCAAACAACUGCCCCCUGAACCCACCCACGUGGAGAGUGAUGAUGAAGAAGACUACAUCAGUCCAGAUGGCAGUAAUGAUGAUGACAACUAUGUAGAACCUGCAGAGAAUCCAGCUUCCAAUCCUGUGAUGCAUGGUGGGAGCAGAGCAGAGAGAGACCGACCCAUGUUGCCUACACCUUUACCAGGGCGUUCACCCAGUCCUGAUGUUUAUGAAGUUCCUGACAAAGAGGAGAACUCAUUAUCUCUUCCGGCAAGCAGACUGUGUCCAAUCCCCACAAUACACUCACAUUCUUUACCACCUAAACCCAGCCCCAGACUGAAUGUGAGGAGAUCUCCUACUACUGUCCAGGAGCCCACGGGCAAUGAUGAAUAUGAAGUUUGUGAUCCAAAUGAUAGUUCCAGUGAUAAACCUGCAGAGGGUCCUCCUCUACUCCUGCCCAAACCUUCGCCCAGAGAGAAGUCACCAAAACCACCUUUAAAGCCGAGGCCAGAUUUGAAACCUAGGGAAUUUGAAAGCCGAACGCUGCCUGUGAUGCAAACUGACAAGAAGCCUCCACCGAAAACUUUUACACUGGACUUGAAACGACCAAAAAUUCCUCUUCCUCACUCUACCUCUCCCAAACCAACUGACAGAGGAAGUGUUUCUGCUGAAAAUGGGUCAAAAGACCAAGAUAAGGAUGCAGACAUGUAUAAGAAAUCCUGGUAUGCCAGCACAUGUGACCGCAAGACUGCCGACGAUGCCUUGGUCCGCUCGAAUAAAGACGGGGCAUUUAUUGUGAGGAAGAGCUCCGGUCAGGACACACAGCAGCCCUACACAUUAGUGGUGUUCUACAAGGGCAGAGUGUACAACAUCCCAGUCCGCUUCAUACCAACAACUCAGCAGUACGCUCUGGGAAGAGAGAAGAAAGGAGAGGAGUAUUUCAGCAGCGUCUCCCACAUCAUCGAGAACCACCAGAGGAACCCUCUGGUGCUGAUUGACAGCCAGAGCAACACCAAGGACACCACCAAACUGUGCUACCCUGUGAGGCCCUAGAUGACUCUCACUGACGGCAAACAGCCAAGGGAUUGGACUUGUGCAUCCCAACCCGCUGUGUUUACUGUCAGACUGUUUACAGAGAUCAUUAUCUGACGCUUUUCUCCCCCUUCCUUUUUAAUUUGAGGCCCUGUCAACAGGACUGUGUGCUGGACCUGCCUGCAUUGCUGGCCAUGCAGAGCUAAAGUAGCAGUGACUCAAAAGACUUUUUAACUCAUGUGUUUUAUUAAGAUGUUUUUUUUUUUAAUGCUCAGUCAGUAAAUUAAUGCAAGGAAUGAGAUGAGUUGCUGUAGCUGAAAGAAGCUGGUAGACAAAUAAUUUGUUUAUGACAGCAAUACUUUGGGGGAGCCAAAAACACAAGGUUGUAUAUUUUCUUUUGUAUUAAUAAAACUCCUCUCUUAUGUUGUUUAA